AAUACCCUUUUCUCUAAGAUUCGUCCUUAUCCCAAAUCUUUAGGCUUUGUUAGCCACUUGUGAAUUGUAUGGUGGUCAAAAUGAAACAGAUCAUGCGUUGGCCACCGUGGCCUCCUCUCUUCGCCGUCAAAUUCGACGUGAUCGUCGUUGUUCACAAGAUGAGACCUGUUGUUGAGAUAAAGUGGAAAGGACCUAAAUCGGUUACUCUCAAACGCUCCAGCGUACGGAAUUUCACCGAAGAAGGAGGAUUUCGCGGCGAUGGCGUCGUUGAAUGGAACGAAGAGUUUAAGAGGGUUUGCGAAUUCUCGGUUUACAAGGAAGGAUCGUUUCUUCCAUGGAUCGUUUCUUUAACCGUCUUGAGUGGACUGAAUCAAGGAUCGAAGGAGAAAGUUCGUAGCUUUGGAAAGGCAUCACUGAACAUUGCACAAUACUUAUCAUUGAUGAAAGAAGAUGAUGUUCAAGUCAAAGUGCCUCUGACGAAUUGUGGCUCAUCAUCUGUUCGAAGUCCAUGUCUUCAUAUAUCACUUCAGUUUUCUCCUAAAGAAUCAUUGCCUGAAAGACAGAGAUCUGCUCUUCCUGUUCUAUGGUCUCCUCUUUCCGCAGAGGCUGAGAAAGCUGAGUCUGUUGUUAAAGUAGGCCUGAGAAAGAUGAAAACCUUCAACAGUUGCAUGUCUAAUACUCAGGCAUCGGAAAAGGAGACUGAGAAAGAUGGAAGCAGCGGAAGCGGAAGUGAAGGCAAAAGUCCGGAGAGAAAUCUUGAUUCUGACUCUACUUAUCCUUUUGAUACUGAUUCUCUAGAUGAAGGUGAUGUUGCGGAUGAAUCAGAAGAGAACAAAGAGAAUGAAAGUAGCUUAGCUGAUCCAGUUAAUUACAAAACACUUAGAUCUGCUAAUUGGGCGAGAGGCUCAUUUCAUACUGAUACAAACCCGGAAUACGAGGACUUGAUAUAUUACAGCCACCGCAGUCCAUUAACAGAGACCGGACAUUGCGGUGAUGAGGUUUCAAAUGAUGUAUGGUAUAGGUCUGAUGAUGCAAUCAUGAAACCAUUAUCCCAGUUUGGAGAUGAUGAUUUCGUUGUUGGUAGUUGGGAAACCAAAGAAAUUAUAAGCCGUGAUGGGCUGAUGAAACUAACGGCUCAAGUAUUUCUCGCAUCAAUCGAUCAGAGAAGCGAGAGAGCUGCUGGAGAAAGCGCCUGCACAGCCCUAGUUGCAGUGAUGGCACAUUGGUUAGGAUCCAACCGAGACAUAAUCCCAACAAGGUCAGAGUUUGACAGUCUUAUCAGAGAAGGAUCAUCCGAGUGGAGAAAUAUGUGCGAAAACGUGGAAUACCGGGAACGGUUUCCAGACAAACAUUUCGAUCUCGAGACGGUUCUCCAGGCAAAAGUCAGACCCAUCUGUGUAGUCCCUGAGAAAUCAUUCAUCGGGUUUUUCCAUCCAGAGAAAUCAGAGGAAGAAGAGGCUAGUCUAGAUUUUCUCAAAGAUGUAAUGUCCUUUGACAGUAUCUGGGAAGAGAUCAUGAAGCAAGAACUAGAAGAGUCAGCAAGCGAACCUGUGAUCUACAUUGUAAGCUGGAAUGAUCAUUUCUUCGUACUCCUCGUGAACCAUGAUGCUUAUUACAUCAUAGACACGCUUGGAGAGAGGCUCUAUGAGGGUUGCAACCAAGCGUAUGUCUUGAAAUUUGACAAAGAUGCAGAGAUCCAAAGAUUACCAGACGUCGUCAAGGACAACAACGUCGACAUGGGAAACCAAAAACAAGGCGGUAAGAACAAGUCUGAGCAACCUGAAAGAUCAAAAGAAACAGAUGAACAACAAGAAGUAGUAGUGUGUAGAGAGCUUCACUACACAAAACACCUUCAUGACCACCAAGCCAAUCUGCUUGAAUCAUCUGCAACCAAAGAAACUGUGUCUGAAGCUGCUGUGUCUGUGACAGUGGCUUGGUCAUUGGCGAGCCAAUUCAGCAAUAGUGGUGGGUUUGGUUGCGAAAUGGCUGAGCUUUUGGGGAUGAAGAGAAUAUUUGGUGCGAAGAAUAACAAAGAGCCUCCACCGUCUAUUCAGGAUGCCUCUGAUCGGAUCAAUAAAAGAGGAGAGUCAGUGGAAGAUAAAGUGAAGAGGCUUGAUGCUGAGCUCUGCAAAUACAAAGAUCAAAUCAAAAGGACUAGACCUGGUCCUGCUCAGGAAGCUAUCAAAGCUCGUGCUAUGAGAGUUCUCAAGCAAAAAAAGAUGUACGAAGGACAACGUGACAUGCUCUAUAAUCAGACUUUUAACCUUGAUCAAGUUUCAUUUGCUGCUGAAGGCCUCAAAGAUGCUCAACAAACUAUGACAGCGCUAAAAUCUGCUAACAAGGAGUUAAAAGGAAUGAUGAAAACCGUCAAGAUUCAAGAUAUAGAUAAUUUGCAAGAUGAUAUGAUGGACUUAAUGGAUGAGAGUUCUGAAAUUCAAGAGACACUGGGUAGGAGCUAUAAUGUUCCUGAUGACAUUGAUGAAGAUGACCUCUUGGGCGAGCUUGAUGCUCUUGAAGCUGACAUGGGAAACGAGACUGAAGCAGACGGAGUGCCUUCCUAUCUCCAACCCGAUAAGGAACCGGAUCUUAAUGAUGAACUGAACUUACCUCCAGCACCAAUGGGGCAUACAGGAGCUCCACCCGGACGAGCUCAGGCUGAGGAUGAAUGGGAUACCAGCGGUACCACGUGCAUCACUUCGGGGCUAAAUCCCAUUUACACACCUCUUUGUGUGCAUAAACAUUCAUCUCCAGCGACUUCUAUUCGUGAAAACUACUAUGCUUUUAUAUCCUUAUAACAGAUGUAAUACGUUUUUUGCAUAGCAGUUUCAUUAACCUUUGAAUCCUCAGAUUUGGUCUGUAUUGGAUUAUUUUAUAAGGAAAUCUAAUCGGGUAUCUACACAUGUCUACAGCAUCGCAUGCUAAAUGAUGUG